AUUCUUCGGCGCGGUGCAACUAUUAAUUAUUGUGAUCCCGCCAAGGUUACGCACGUGCCGCUAACUUGAUAUAACUAUGACCAUUUAACGCCACAUCAUUUUCGAACCGUCACUCAUGCGGAUGGCAGGUGAGCUGCGUAGCGAUUGCGUAGCAUGUAGUUUUCUCACGUCGCGUCGCAUCAUAGGGUGAGAGCGCGCGGAAGCGAAGGUUGCGCCCGUGACCGCGCCCGCGCCCGCCCGCCGUCAACAUCGCAAGUAGCGCAGUAUAGUGCCGAUCUCGCUGCCCCUCGGACCUCGACCCGCGGCUCCGGUACAGCUCGCGACCUAUGUGAUGUGCUACGUGAGCUGAUGAUGUGCAGCCGAGUGUGUGUUGUGAGAGAGUGCGCGAGCAGUGUGCGGCGGAGCCCCGCGCGUCCGUAGCGCGCCAUGUGGACGCCUCUGCUGUCUCUUCUGCUACUCCUCUCGCCUGACCUGCAUGGAGUGGACGGUGGUAGUGGUGGAUUUUUAAGCCCGACCAAGGGUUUCCUUGAGUGUGCAAGCCAGAUCCUGUACAUGGAUCAAGAUGCAUACCAACUUCCAACAAACUACAGUAGAAACAUUCCACCCGAUAAAAACACAACAGUUUACAUUGGGAUAAACGUGAACCGGGUAUCUGGAGUUGACGAAAAUAGAGAGGAGAUCACGCUUGAUGUUUUUCUCCAAGUAUCAUGGGAAGACAUGAGACUGAAUGUGCCUUUCAACAAAUCAUACAUUGACCUACCUUGGGAGUUCCGUCAACUCAUCUGGAUGCCCGAUCUGUAUAUAUGGCAGCUUCAGACGAUGAAGAUUCUUUCCGUCCUUCAAGAGAUGGCUUCGCUCAGGCUCUAUGCCAACCACACCGUGUCAGUCAGUAUUGGUGCCACAAUAACAAUAAAAUGUGAAAUGGACUUCGUCUUGUAUCCACUAGACGUACAAAACUGCGCUAUUGAUUUUAGCAGUUACAAAUACACGAGAGAAGAUGUGCGGUUCGUGUGGCGUGAGGUGGCCCCGUGGUCCGGCAUUUCCGGGGAACAGCGCCGCGAGUUCCGGCUCCCUAAAUACGUGGUCACAUUUGUAACAGACAAAAGUAAUCAUAUUCGAAAUUUUGGUGAAGGUGAGCAUUCAGCAGCAAGACUGCAGAUCAAGCUUUCGCGCGAGCUACGGGGAUACCUUCUAGAAAGCUACUUGCCCUCGUCUCUCUUUGUCAUCAUCUCUUGGGGUAGCUUCUGCGUCAUCCCCGAGAUCGUGCCAGGUCGCAUGGUCCUUCUGGUGACAACGUUACUUUCACUCGUCACCAUGUUCGAUACCGUCAGCUCGAACUCCCCAGAUGCGCUGGAACUCAAGUGCAUCGAGGUAUGGCUCAUCUCUUGCACUAUAUUCGUGUUCCUGGCCCUUUUGGAGUACUUCGUGGUGUUAUUCGGCAUCCGAUACGACAAAAGUUGGAGUCGACGGCGGCAGGAUCUGCGCCGUGCGGCCUCUGCAGCACAGUUGGCUCCGCCGCCAUUACAUAUCAACCAUUCACAGGAAGACUUUAUUAAGGCCAUGAGUUGGGACAAGCAAGAAAGGUUUUUAAAGCAAACUAUUCAUAGUCCUCUUUUUAAAAAAUAUCCUGGAAGUCUGAAGUUAAGCAGGUUAUUCUUUAAAAAGCUUAUAGAAUUUUUAGAACCAUACCAAGAAGUGCAUGAUGAUAUAUACAAAUAUUUGUGUUCUAUAAUGGAAAAUGAUGCAGAUAAGUUCAGUUAUCGUCAUUACUUAAUAGACAAUAGUUUAAAUUCUAUUUUAACUAUUAAAGAAACAAAAAAUAUGGUUCUAAAUGGUACUACAGGUUUGCGGACUUGGGAGGCAGCGUUUAUGUUGUCAGAUUGGGCCCUAUCUAAUAAAGAAGUAUUUGCAAAUAAAUCAAUACUUGAACUGGGAGCCGGUGUAGGCUUUACUGGUCUAACUAUAGCAAAACACUGUAAUGUUAAAUCUGUGGUAAUGACAGAUUUUCAUGAAGAAGUGUUGGAAACAUUAAAUAGUAAUGUUAAAAUAAACUUUUUGUCAUCAGAAGUAGAACAGAAUAUUGAUUCAACUUUUUACAAGAAUGAUGAAAAGUGUAUAGGUGUGAUGAAACUAGAUUGGAAUGACACUAAAAAUCUACCCCAAAACUUAAGUCCAGAUAUAAUUAUUGGUGCAGAUAUUGUGUAUGAUCCAUCAAUAUUCCAACCAUUGACAACAGUUUUCCAGCAUUUCCACAAAAAAAAUAAGGAUGUAGAAAUAUACAUUGCCAGUGUGAUACGAAAUGCAGCUACUUUUGAUGGAUUUCUUAGAAAUCUAGAAAUGGAAAAGCCAGAGAGAAAAACCAGGAAAAGAAAAAUUGAAGAAUCAGGUGAUAUCGACAAACCGGCCCCUAAAAAAAGGGUUACAACAAAAAAAGAUAAAGAAACAGGCGAAACAUCUACUAAGCCCAAAACUAAGAGAAUACCGAAAAAAAUAUCUGUUAAAAAAGAGUCUAAAACAUUAAAUGAAAAUGAUUCGGAAAAUCAAGACUAUGCUCAAGACAAGCCAAGUGAUGACUAUAAUAGUUAUUUGAAUGAAGCAGACAUGCUAUCGUAUUUUGAAAAAAUCCCACCAAUACUAGCUCAAAAGUUUAUUAAGCUACUGUCUGAUGGUUGCACGCUACCAUUCAUAGCAAGAUACAGAAAGGAAGCUGUAGAUCAUUUGAUGCCUGAUCGUCUUCAAGAAUUAUAUGACAGCUACCAAAAUGUUAUUCAACUGAAAAAGAAAGUAAAAUCUGUUCUGGAAACAUUGAGGAAAUCUAAAAAGUUGACACCAGACAUUGAACAGAGUAUUUUGAGUGCCAAAAAUUUGUCUGAAGUGGAUUUAGUGUACAGUCCACUAAAGUCCCACUCCUUAUCAUUGGCCGAGAGAGCUCGUAAUUUAGGCUUAGAGCCACAUGCUGUUAAUGCGUUGAAUGGAGGAAUUGUUGACCUGAACCAACUGGUUACAGAUAAUGAUGAGUUGUCAAAUAUUGAAAAAGUGGAAGCUCAUAUGACACAUAUUGUGGCAGAUAUUGUUUCAAAAGACACAAGAGUUCUUAAACAAAUGAGGACUCUAAAAGAAGAAACAAGGUUCAUUCUUCAAAGUAGCAGAACAAAAAGUUCCACUAAAGAAAAACCAGAGAGUGAGAGUAAGAAACUCGAUACGAAAUCAGAUCCGGAAACAUACAAGUUGUAUUUUGAAUGGAAGUGUCCAGUGAACUUUGUAAAAUGUUACCAAACAUUAGCAGUUAAUAGAGGUGAAGAUGAAAAGAUACUUUCUGUGAAAGUUAUUGUACCUGAUUGGUUUUAUAACCGGCUAGAAAGACAUUGCAUAACACUUUGGAAAAGUAAGCACUGGCUGUGCAAAGGUCUCAGCGAUGCUUACAAUCGACUCAUUAAACCCUGGUUAUCUAGAAAAGUCAGAGCCGAUUUAACUAAUGCCGCUCAAAAGGAAGCUGUUAAAACAUUCACUACAAACCUGGAGAAAUAUUUGCUGACAGAACCGAUCAAGAACAGAAGAAUAGCUGGCUUAGAUCCUGGUUUCAAAGCUGGAUGUAAGGUGGGUAUUAUAGAUACAACAGGCGCGAAAUUAGAAGCUUGCAAUAUUUAUCCAAACUUCCACAACAAAAACGACCAUGCGGCUAGCCAACUGAACAAUCUACUCAGUAAGCACAGGGUGGAGCUCAUUGGUUUAGGCAACGGUACAGCGUGUCGGCAAACCGAAUCGUGGUUGAAGAAUCAUCACAUAUCUGAUAACAUUCCAGUCAUCAUAGUGCCCGAACAAGGUGCAUCCAUUUACUCGAUAAGCAAAGAAGCUCAAAAGGAACAUCCAAAUAUGGAUCCCAAUUUGAUAUCAGCUUUAUCUAUUGCUCGCAGAGUAUUGGAUCCUUUGGGUGAAUUAAUUAAGGUUGAGCCGAAAAAUUUGGGCGUAGGCCUUUAUCAACACGACAUUCCGCCAAAAAUGUUGGAAUCUGCUUUAGAUGGUACUGUAGAGAAAGUUGUGAGUCUCGUCGGAGUAGAUCUUAAUACAGCAUCUCAGACUAUGUUGAGACGCAUUUCUGGAUUAAACGAGAGCCGCGCCAAGAAAAUAAUCGAGUAUCGUCAAGAAAAUAGCGGAUUUAAAACUAGAGCUGAGAUAUUGAAGGUUGCCGGAAUCGGAAAGGUCACGUAUCAGCAAUGCGCUGGUUUUCUCAAAGUGUUGAAUGGCUCGGAAUCCUUGGACACAACUAUAAUACAUCCGGAAAGUUAUGCUGUUGCUAAAUCAUUUGCCAAGAAGAUUGGCAUCAACAUAAAGGACCUGACCAAACCAGAUUUUCCCCAACAAGUUGAUAUGAAAACGUCUAACAUCAACAUAUUAAAUAUGAGCAAGGACCUAGACGCCGAUGUCAGUACACUGGAGCUUAUAAUAAAUGCGUUCAAACAGAAAGCGUAUGAAGAUAACAUGAUCACAUUCUGCCGGCCCGUUUACUCCAUGACGGUGCAAGCUAGCGAGCAAUUGGAGAAAGGCAUGUCAUUGACAGGUGUGGUAAGGAACGUCGUCCCGUUUGGCUGUUUCGUGGAUUGCGGCGUAGGCGAUAACGGUCUCAUACAUACGAGUAAUUUAGGCAACACGAAUCUUAAAUUAGGUGACCGAGUCGCUGUGACGGUAAUCUCUACUCCCAGACCGAAGAAAUUACAAUUAAAACUGGACAAACUGCUAGACUAAUACUUUUAGUACUGUGAAUGAAUGAAUGAAUGGUUUAUAUAUUUCUCGACAUUUCUUAUAUAAGUUCAGUUCUACAAUAAUUUAAAUAAUAAUUAACAAAAGUACCGGUAGGUAAAGAUAAAGGCAGGUAAAGAUUUUGGAUUUUAUUAGUAUUAAUAGUAAUAAUUUACUUUAAAUAUUUCGUAUAUUAAGUAUUUCGUGCGUGUGUUUUAUCUAUGUGUGUGUGUGUGUGUAUGUGUGUUAGGCAUACGCGAAUAAUUUCAGUAUCUGAAUAAGGAUUUCAGUUUCUUCGCAGUUUAGCCUACUUAACCAGUCAUCUAGUCGAGUUUUACAAUUAUGUAUGUUAAACUUAUCGAUGUUGAGUUUUCUGUUUUCCUGAUAAUAAAGAUAGCUCCCCAGAAAGCAUGGAAAAU